GUCAUGCAGGAAGUCGAGCUGCGUAAAGGGCCUUGGCUCGAAGAGGAGGAUGAACAGCUAGCUUCUGCUGUAGCUGUUUUGGGGGAAAGAAGAUGGGAUGCAUUAGCAAAAGCAUCAGGUUUGAAGAGGAGUGGGAAGAGUUGCAGGCUGCGGUGGAUGAAUUAUCUACGUCCCAAUCUCAAGCAUGGCAACAUUUCUGCUGAAGAAGAGCGCGUUAUCAUCGAACUGCACGAGAAAUGGGGCAAUAAGUGGUCGAGGAUUGCCCGGAGACUGCCUGGAAGAACAGACAAUGAGAUUAAGAACUACUGGAGAAGUUACUUGAAGAGAAAACAUCUAGUUCUGGAGAAAGGAUGUUUGAAUAGAAACAUGAAUAAUACAUCUGGUGAUACUUCACUGACAUCAGAAUGUGGCACGGCAAGUCCAUGUUCAACCGACCAUGCAUGCUUCUUGUUUAAGGAUGAAAUUUUCGGACUGUCUGGUGAUUCAUCUGAUGCACUCGAGGUUUUAAGUUUGACACGUUCACCUUAUGAGACGAGAUUGACAGAAUGGAUGUCGAACUGGCCUCCUGAUCAUAUACGUAAAAUGGAACCUAAAGAAGAAUACUAUGACGAGUUUUACACUCCAGAAUGGAUCAAUGGUGACUACAGUACUAACAGUACAUGGGAAUUUUCUUUGUGGGAUGGGGAAUGAGCUUUCAGUAGUUAAUUGUUGUACAAGAGCUAAAAAGAAGACAGUUUUCUGGGUUGAAAGUAUAUUAAUGCACAUAAACAUUACAAGCAGAUGGUCUGCAGCUUCAGUUGUCUGAGAUUAAUGAAGUUACCUUUCAGUUUGCAUUGAUAAUGAUGUAACCUUAAGCACACCGAGACUUGCACCCUGGAAACUGUUGGUAUAAUAGAAUGCAAGAU